AUGCAAAUAAUAAGAAAUUUUACAACAAAUUUAAUACGACUAAAACCACCAUCUAAUAAAUCAGUUACCGUAUCAACAAAGUAUCUAGGUAGACCAUCAAAUAAUUUAUCAAUUGGAUUAGUUGGAUUAGCAAAUGUUGGAAAAUCAACUUUUUUCCAAUCUAUAACAAAAUCAAAUUUAGGAAAUCCAGCAAAUUAUCCUUUUGCAACUAUAGAACCAACAAAAUCAAUAAUUCAAGUACCACUGACAAAGCUUGAACAUUAUGCUAAGAUUUAUAACUCACAAAAGGAAAUUCCAACAAAUUUAACAAUUUGGGAUAUUGCUGGAUUAACAAAAAAUUCAAGUUCCGGUGCUGGAUUAGGUAAUAAAUUUUUAAAUGAUAUUAGACAAGUUGAUGGAAUUUUACAAAUUGUAAGAGGAUUUGUUAAUGAUGAAAUUAUACAUAUUGAAAAAAAUAAAGUUGAUCCUAUUAGAGAUUUAGUGAUAGUUAAUGAUGAAUUAAUUUUAAAAGAUUUAGAAUUUAUUGAAAUUGAAAUUGAAAAAAGUAAAAAGAAUUUAAAAAAACCAAAUAUGAAUCAUGAAGAGAAAAAUUUGAAAAUUCUUGAAGAGUUGAGUGAUUCUUUAUAUAAUGGAGUCAAGAUUAUUAAUGGUGAUUGGAAUGAUGAAGAAAUUGAAUUUAUUAAUACUUUAAAUUUAUUAACUGCAAAACCAACAGUAUAUUUAUUAAAUGUUUCAAAAGAAGAGUACCUAAAUCAAAAAAAUCAAUUUUGGAGUGAUGUUGAAAAAUGGAUUAAUGAACAUUCAAAAAAUGAUAAAUUAAUAAUGUUUAGUGCAGAAUAUGAACAUGAACAAAUUGAAAACUCGACCGAUGAAUCUAAUAAUUCAAUAAUUCCAUCAGUUAUAGAAUCAAUGAGAAAUUCACUUAAUUUAAUUUCAUUUUAUACAUGUGGAGAUAUAGAAUCAAGACAAUGGACUAUUCGUAAAGGUAGUACUGCACCAGAAGCUGCUGGAUUAAUACAUACUGAUUUACAAAAAUCAUUUAUUAAUUCAAUUGUAUAUAAAUGGGAAGAUUUAGAAAAAAUUGAAAAAUUCGAUGAAAUGAGAUUAAAAUCUUCUGGAAAGCAAUUUAAAAUGGGAAAAAAAUAUAUUGUUGAAGAUGGUGAUGUACUUGUAAUUAAAGCAGGAAAAGGUAAAGCUAGAUAA